GCGGCAGCGAAACAGGAGACCACGGGGUACCACAACCGCAUCGGCGCGUGGAACAGCGGCUACACCCCCGGCUGUGCUCCUCAUCUCUCUCAGGACUUGGUAGCCCAUUGUGGGCAUCUCUCUUCCUUUUGUAAACCGACGUGUUCAGUUUUGUCAGUGUGUGUCUAGUUUGAAGCACAUUUCUGAACGAAUGAUAGGCUGCAAUGGAUACAGCCUACACACGUUUCGGGACACUUUCCAUGAAGUAUGAUGAUGAUGAUGAUGAUCAAACAAGGCUGACAAUCUGCUGACGUGAAUUUCCCGACCAUCUUCUCACCACUUGCUCCCGGAGAAGAGCUUCAGCUGCGUACUGGUGAGGCUGCCCAGAGCAGGAGAAGCAGAAAAGAGCUGCGUUUUUGGAGAGAGGAUCAGAGACGCGGAGAGAGAGAGAGUGAGUCUGGCUAAACAUCCCAGCAGGAUGAAGAAAAGCAGGAGUGCACAGGGGCUUACACCAGGCGAUGAGAAUAAGGAUCCUCCUGUUGGCCAAUUUUCCACAGGCAGCACACUCGGGGUAGAGGUGUGCAAAGUCCACAGGCGGUUUUCUGGCAACCUGCAGCUGCCUCCGUUGUCAUGGCGACAGGCGGAAAAGGAGAGGGACAGGGGCAGGCCGCUAACACCUGAAGAAGAUCCAGUGACCCGGACCAGACCCACAAGUCUGCCCAUCUCCUCUCUGCCCCGCAUCGACAUCACAGAGGCUGACCCUGACAGCUUUGAAGGGGGAAAUGGUCCAUCAUUGUGCUGCAGUCCUUCAGACCUGCUGGCAUCUCCGGGUUCUGGUCUGGUCCUACAUCCCAACCUGGCGAGCCAUGGCCAGCGCCGGGAGUCCUUCCUGUACCGCUCUGACAGCGACUACGAACUAUCGCCAAAGUCCUUGUCUCGAAACUCUUCCAUUGUUGGAGAACUGCAUGGAGAGGACAUGAUUGUGACUCCAUUUGCUCAGGUACUUGCAAGCCUUCGGACUGUCAGGAACAAUUUCACCACCUUGACAAAUGUACAAUGUGCAUCCAAUAGGAGGUCUCCUGCUGCGAAUCAGCCUUCUCUCACCAAAGUCUGUCUGUCAGAUGAGUCCUACCAGAAGCUGGCUAUGGAGACCAUGGAGGAGCUGGACUGGUGUCUGGACCAGUUGGAGACCAUUCAGACCUACCGCUCUGUCAGUGACAUGGCCUCCACCAAGUUCAAGAGGAUGCUGAACCGGGAGUUAAGCCACCUGUCUGAGAUGAGUCGCUCAGGCAACCAAGUGUCAGAGUACAUCUCCAACACCUUCCUAGACAAGCAGAAUGAGUUGGAGCUUCCAUGUCCAGUUCCUAAGUCGAGGGAAAGGAAGAUGAGACAGGGCCAGCAGCAGCAGCAACAGCAACAGCAGCAGCAGCAGCAGGGUGGGAUGAUGACGCAGAUCAGUGGGGUGAGGAAGGUCAGCCACACGCCCAGCAUCUCUGGAAGCACCAGCAAUCGUUUUGGGGUCAUGACGGACCAGGAGGAACUGCUGUCGAAGGACCUGGAGGACAUCAACAAAUGGGGCCUGAAUAUCUUCAAAGUGGCCGAGCACUCCCACAACCGCCCGCUGACAUGCAUCAUGUACACCAUCUUUCAGGAGCGAGACCUGAUGAGGACGUUCAAGAUUCCAACGGACACCUUUGUGACGUUCAUGCUGACCUUGGAGGGCCACUAUCACUCCGACGUGGCCUACCACAACAGCCUGCACGCCGCUGACGUAGCCCAGUCCACGCAUAUCCUCCUGUCCACUCCCGCACUUGAUGCUGUCUUCACAGAUCUGGAGAUCUUGGCAGCCAUUUUCGCUGCAGCCAUUCACGACGUGGACCACCCAGGAGUGUCCAACCAGUUCCUCAUCAACACCAAUUCUGAGCUGGCUCUGAUGUACAACGAUGAGUCAGUGCUGGAGAACCACCACCUAGCCGUGGGCUUCAAGCUGCUGCAGGAGGACAACUGCGACAUCUUCCAAAACCUCACCAAGAAACAGAGGCAGACGCUCCGGAGGAUGGUUAUCGACAUGGUAUUGGCAACUGACAUGUCUAAACAUAUGAGCCUGCUGGCUAAUCUGAAGACGAUGGUGGAAACCAAGAAAGUGACCAGCUCUGGAGUCCUGCUGUUGGACAACUACACGGACAGGAUGCAGGUUUUGCGUAACAUGGUUCACUGUGCGGACCUGAGCAACCCGACCAAGCCUCUGGAUUUGUACCGACAGUGGACAGACAGGAUCAUGGAUGAGUUCUUCCACCAGGGAGACAGAGAGAGGGAGAGGGGGAUGGAGAUCAGUCCGAUGUGCGACAAACACACAGCUUCAGUGGAGAGAACACAGGUUGGCUUCAUCGAUUACAUUGUCCACCCUCUGUGGGAGACGUGGGCCGACCUGGUCCACCCCGACGCCCAGGACAUCCUGGACACACUUGAGGACAACAGGAACUGGUACCAGAGCAUGAUCCCCGAGAGUCCCUCCCCUCCCUUCUACACCAGUGACGGGGAAGGCGGCUCACAUGGGGAGGAGGAGGAGGGCGGACCUGUGGGGAGUAAAUUUCAGUUUGAGCUGACGCUGGAUGACCAGGAUGGACAGUGUGGAGACGAGGAGAGCGCGAUGAUGGAGACGGCUGAUGGUGUGAUACUCCAAGACCACGCCUCUGAUCAGGACGGGGUAGAAAUGGCGACACGUGACGUCUCCCCAGCAGAAACAUAGCUGAACUGAUGGGGUUCUUAGAGUGCAGCAAGUUUUGCUGUUUUGUCUGAAUUCAUUUAAUUGCAGUAGAGCAAUCCUGCAAUCUGGCUCUUUGGAGCUGCCUGGCAGAGAGGGCCAGACUGCAUGUGGGGCACCCCUGCAAACAAGGUUUGGAAACCCUGUGGCAGUUUGUUUUUCAGCCCCCUAGAAGGGAGCUGGAAGAGGUCUGCUCUUUAAAGAAGGGACUACCGUCAGACUGCAGAGGCAGGGUAGAAUCUCACAGACAAAGAAGGUGAAGUGGAUGAAUUGUAUCCAUGUACUGGGACUAGUAAAAAUUCUAAACUUGCACUUCAGGAGGUUUUUUAUGUUUAUGUUUAAUUCUUUGUAUUGUGUUGGGAUUAGGUGCCACCUGGUAAAAGUGUCCAACCAAAAACUACUGGUCAGCUUCAAGCUACAAGUAAUUUGUACCCAAGUAGUUUUUUUUCUAACACAAAGAAAGUUGUGUGCCUUUUUUUAAACAACCGUGUCUUUUUGUAAGUGUUUUUAUAAUUUAUUGAAUUGAAUUGAAAACAUUCAUGUAGCUGUAAAAUGUGUCAGAUUUUCUACAGAAAGGAUACAUUUGUCUCACACAGUCUUCCUAACGUUCUGGCAAUAUUAUGAGCUUGUUCUCACAAAAGCGUUCAGUGGAUGUAUUUCGAAAAUCAGACAACUUCCCAGCACAAUUUGCACUUUGUGGCAUAGGACAAAGAGAGCGUGGAAAGCAUCCGUAAUUUACAUUAUUGUAAACAUGUGAACCCAACGUAAUUUGAUUUAGUCAACAGUUUUUUUUUCUCUCCAAUAAUUAAUUUCACAAGCAAUUAAAUAAGUCAUGGAUCAAAUCCCUUGAAAGUGGAAAAAAUGUUUUGUAUUUUUGAGUCCAAAAACAAAAAAACUCCAAAGAUCCUGUAAAGAAAGCACUUUGAUGAUUCCACUGCCACCUCUGAAGAGUGUGAUCCCAUGUAACUAAUAAUAAUACUUGUCAAAUUGAACCUUGACAUCGCCGUGUAGCACCUGCAUGAAGAUAUCAGGCAAAUGAAAGCCAAUAAUGAAGUGAAAUUUCUCCAAAAAAAUGUGUAAAAGACAAAGGAAAGAAAUCUCCUCACCUUGUAUUGUGCUGAGCUAUCCCCAUAUGGAAAAUCUGUUUCCACCUUGUAAUUCCCCAGUUUCAUCAGCUUUUGAACUUUGAAUGACUGUAAGACUGUGUGCACAUUUAAAAAACACCCGUUAGUAAUAGAAUAAUUGUAUCUUGUAGUUUUUAUUCCAGCACUUUCAAUAUGUUGACAGUUGUUUAGCUAAUUGCUGAUCUGUCCAACACUACCUUAAAGGUACCACAAUGUAAGGUGUAACCUUCAGUAUAAAGGGGGAGGAGGGGGGUCAAUAUCGCGUCAUAACACGAUAUCUCCCGUGUGUGUGUGUGUGUGUGUGUGUGUGUGUGUGUGUGUGUGUGUGAGUGCGUGCGUGCGUGCGUGCGUGUAAGUUGUCACAGAGUUGCACAAUCUUGUUGCACCCAGCUGUGUCGUGCCAAUCCUUCAGCUGUUUGUAACAGUGUAUUUAUUAUCGUUCUCCUUGUAUAUGAUACUGUUGAUAUUGAUUGUUAAUAUUCCUUGUAUAUUUGAUAUUAUUUAUAUGCACUACCACAGUUUGACUGAACUUGUCUGGUGGUUCUGUUUUAUUGUAUUUAGCAAGCUGUUUUGCUAUUAAGAUCGUAACAUGAAGUUUCGCAGAUCACUUUUGACAAUUUGAAGUGUUUGCUUUUGAAAUUUCAGAACCAUUUCUAAACCAACAUCUCACGUGAGGUGCAGAAGAAGUCUGGCUUUUGUUUUUUGUCUUUUGUUCCUGGCGGAUUAUGAAGGCUGGAUAUUUACUGCAGUAUAUUGUGUACAGUGACGGGUCAUUGUACAGCUACAGGAGUAUUUGCUGAAAUAUAUAAACAUUUGUUUCAACUAUAUUUUUUCAGUGUCUUCCUCACAAUUUAUGGUAAAAUGGUGUAUGUUGUGCUCAACAGAUGUUUUCUAUCGGAUUAUUAAAAUGGGCAUGUAUUACAGAA